AGUAGUUCCAGUCUACGUGUAACUUCGGAUCGGGGAAAAGUAAGUGGUAACACUGGGGAUCGGGCUCGGCGGAGCGCCGUCAAACGGCGCAGUUGAGGCAUCGUUGUCCCUGGAUUAUCAUUAUGUAAGGUAGCCAACUCGGAAAAGCCUGCGGUGAGAUUUAUUACGGGGUCUACGCGGGAUAUCAGGAGCAGGUAAAAGCUUUGGGGGAAACUUUUUGUUUAUUUAAUCUCCAAAUGUUCUCAAUCCGAUGAUCGCUUCGUUUGUAAGGCGCUCUUUUCCGCGGGGCUUAACUUUGGAGCUGUAAUCUGAUCGAGACCUAAACUUGUGUUCAGGCGAUGCCACGCAGGCAGGAGGGAGCAGGGGGCGCGAGCAGUCGUGCAUGGCGCGGGGCAGAGGCAUGCAGCACCUCCAGUGCGUCUGCACAUUCCGCGCGGUUUCUCAAGCUUUAAACAGGUGGUCAAGCGGGAGGACAUGAUGAAGUUCAGGAAGUAUUUCCGAGGCAGCGGACGGGUGCUCGCCUUCGUGUUCGCGGCGUCCGUCAUAUGGCUGCUGCUUGACAUGGCAGCGCUGAGGGUCUCGAUCGACGACGUGAACAGCCGCCUGCUGAAGGAGCGCAUCGGGAGAGAUAGAGAGACUGUCAGGCACAAGGCCACGAAACGCACAGAUGUGGCCAAAAAUGCGGCUCUUUUCAGGGACCCGCAAAAGCGAGUAGAUUUUGAUCUAGAUACUGAAGUCAGGUUUUCGAACAGAGCGGGGAAGAAAGCAGCCGACGUGUAUAGAAAGCGAAAUAAUGCAACCCCAGCUAUUAAAGAUGACAGUAAUGCAGAUAAGGCAAAGUUAGUGGAUGGAAAAGUGGUGGAUGUGAAUCAUGAAGGAGAAAAUUUUAAUAAGUUGCCGGAGGUAGACAUGGGUGUAAAUAGAGACUUCGGUGUGCAUAUGAACUUCUCCAAAUCCGGGAAGGUGGAUAAAGAUGAACGCACGGCCGCCCACGUUAUGCGAAAAGUGACAACUUCGAAAGUUGAGGAAAGAAGAAGAAACUUUGUCGCCGGGAAAGGUCCGAGCGACUCGCCAAAGUUAACUGACGCGCCACCUGGGAGGCAGGAGGAUAAACUGCAUCCGGAACACAAAGGGGAAAAUAAACUGGAUGAACCUGUUGAUGAUCCUAGACUGCUGGCAAAGGAAAACAUUUCCGGUAAAGUCCCAAAGAAAAUCGGUUCUGCUUCCCAAGAUAAAAUUUCUCCCAGAGAGAAGAUGCCAAAGGGACAGACUGUAAAGACAGACAAAACAGAUUUCGAUAUAAAAGAUAAGGCGAUCCAUAUCAAUGGCAAAGUGAACAGUGCACUAAAUCAGAGUGGCCCUGAUACUGUGAGUCACGUGACCCUGGCAACUCCCAAGCUCGGAAAAGGGACCAGUUUGACAGUGGGGCACAAGUCAAGUGUCCACAGAGUGAUGUCAUUGGACGUCACUCAGUACCCAAGGGACUUUAGUGCUGUUGGACAAUUUGGACAGCCUGCUGUUGUGCCCAAGGAGAAGGAGCUGGAAUCGAGGAAUCGCUGGGACGAGGGUCACUUCAACGUGUACCUGAGCGAGCAGAUUCCCGUGGACAGGGCGAUCCCAGACACCAGGCCGGACGCAUGUUCUGGGAAGUUGGUGCACGAUGAUCUGCCAACCACCAGCGUGAUCUUCUGCUUUGUGGACGAGGUGUGGUCCACCCUCUUGAGGUCGGUCCACAGCGUGCUCAACCGGUCACCACCACAGUUGCUCAAGGAGAUCAUCCUCGUGGAUGACUUCAGCUCCAAAGACUACCUCAAAGAACCGCUGGAAAAAUACAUGUCUAGGUUUCCGAAAGUGCGGAUUGUCCGUCUGAAGGAGCGGCAGGGCCUGAUCCGGGCCCGACUCGCAGGGGCUGCUGUUGCUACCGGUGAAGUGCUGACCUUCCUCGACUCGCAUGUCGAGUGCAACAUCGGCUGGCUGGAGCCUCUCCUACAGAGGGUGCACAUGGAUAGGAAGAAAGUUGUGUGUCCUGUAAUCGAAGUUAUAAGCGACAAGGACAUGAGCUACAUGUUAGUUGAUAACUUCCAAAGAGGCGUAUUCAAGUGGCCCUUGGUUUUCGGAUGGAACACGCUGACGGAAGAAGUCAUCAGGAAGGAUCAAGUGCAGGAUUCAGAUCCGAUCAGAUGUCCAGUCAUGGCGGGAGGCCUGUUCUCAAUCGACAGGAAGUAUUUUUAUGAACUGGGAACCUACGACCCUGGACUCGAUGUGUGGGGUGGCGAAAACAUGGAAAUCUCUUUUAAGAUCUGGAUGUGUGGCGGCGAGAUCGAGAUCAUCCCUUGUUCUCGGGUCGGCCACAUCUUCCGUAGCGAGAACCCUUACAAGUUCCCCAAGGACAGGCAGAAGACGGUGGAACGUAACCUGGCUCGGGUGGCUGAGGUCUGGCUCGACGAGUACAAGGACCUCUUCUACGGCCAUGGCUACCUCCACCUCCUGGACAGGAGCACCACUGACAUCGGUGACCUCACGGAGCAGAAGGCCCUCCGGAAGAAGCUCGGCUGCAAGAGCUUUAGGUGGUACCUGGAGAAGGUCUACCCAGAGCUGGAUGCUCCGAUCGUCAGGGCCCAGGGGCUGAUCUUCAAUGUCGGAACGAGAAAGUGCAUCACCCAAAAGGACGGUUCGCUAACGUUUGAGACCUGUGAUCUGAGCAAGCAGAGCCAACAGUUCAACCACACCUGGAUGAGGCAUAUUCAGCAGAAGGGCUCCUGCCUGGAGCCCCAGGCCCCGGUUCGGGGUGUGCGUCUGGGCCACUGUGACAGCAGCAAGCCUAACUUGCGCUGGAUGCACAAGUCAGUCAUCCCGAAUUCAGCCAUGAAAGAGCAUGUGGUGGUGGAGCUCAGGCCUGGGCCCCUUUGCCUGGAGGCCGAUACUCAGCACAUGGGGGUACGGCUCAGCGAGUGCAAUUCUGCAAGCCCGUUACAGAAGUGGCAGUUUACACACUACUAUACACAGUGACUGACAUCCAGGAGGCGGGCACUAUGUCCUGAGACUCCGCCCCUGCGACAGGAUUGGUUACCGUGCUUUGGAAACACUCCAGCCUCUCUCAUUCUUAUUCUUCGUAAUCCACAUAAAGAGUAGACUUUGAGUUUGUGACAAACUAUAUUGCAAAUUUGAGAUGGUGGCAAUUUAAACUUUCAACAUAAUAAAUAAGUCAGUAACAGAAAAAGGAACCUUUUUCCCAAAAUUUGUAAGCCUUUACACAUUGGAAUUUUAGUUGAAUAUGUCACAUUAUAUUUUUAAAUAUAGAAAUAUGUGUGUGUAUAUUUAAGUGUGAAAAUGUAAUGUAGACACUAAAGUAUUUCAGACGUACAACAAAAAGUUCUUUCAGUUCAUUAUUACCUCUAAAUCACUACAUGGCUUCUUUGAUUAUAAUUUGUAAAGUAAGAUGAAAUAAACGUCAAGACAGAUCUUGGGCGGGUACCAAAUACACCAUGGAAAUUGACUUUUGUCAAAGUUGUAAAUAUAUUUUUCCAGUGCAACACUAUAGGAUGUGCAUUUUUAUACUUGGUGCAUUGUAAAUACUGUGAAUUUACAGGAAUUUGAAAAUCAGAUUAAAAGAAACGUAUGACAAUCAGGCUUAUCUAAGUGAGGGAAGUGGAUCAAUGACCAAUAGAACCAAUGUGAUAUUUAAUAACUCUUGGUUUUGUCAUUUGACAGGUGCUGUUAAUAAGAGCAAGGAACUUGUUCUUUUUUUUUGUAAAUGUUACUAUACGUUAUCAAAGGUGUAAACAGGUCUAAUUUACCACUAGAGGGCAAUGUUUCAUAUUGUGAAGGGGAAAGUAUGUUUUCGGUUGUAAUCCUAAAAGCUUCAUUAAAAUGUUUCUGUUAA